AUGGCUGCCUCCGAAGGCGACUAUGAAGGCGAUGGGGAGGCCGGGGCGGUGCUCUGGAGCAGCCCCCGGGCCUGGACCAUGCUGGGGGCGGCGCCCCCGGGAGCUCACACGGCCAUGUGGCUUGGCCUCUGGGCUGUCGGGCGGCCUUCUGCCCUUGGGCACCUCGGGUCUUCUCGCUGUCUUCCGUUGUUCCCCAGGAAGUGGCGGCGUCGCUCUGUGGGAAGGCUGGGAUCUCUGCAGGGGCGUAGAGUGGCGGCCGCCUGGGUAACUGUCACAGGAAGUGGCCUCACCGAGCCACAGCUGGGGGCACAAGCCGGGCGCCUCACCGAGGGCACGGCCCACCUCCAGGCCAGGGCCCGGCUUGGAGCUGAGCGGGGUGCUGGGGUCACCGCACCCACGGGGUCUGAGUGGGCAAGCGUGGUCACAGCAGGACGCCUGUCUGCCCUCCCCGCCCCGCCAGGCCCGCCCGCCCUCGGGGCCAUCAGCGGCGGCGGCGCCCCUGCCUACCUGGCGCAGGACCCCCUGGGCGCCCUCCUGCUUGCCCUUCCGGGGCCGCCCUCCCGGCCCUCCAUGUCCCCCAACCCGGGGCCUCAGGGCUCCUCCCCGCCCCUCAGGGCAGGGCAUCAGGAGUCAGCCGUCUCUGCCCACCCCGGGGCGUUGCUUCUCCAGGUCUGGGUCUCUUCCUGCCUAGAAAGCCAGCUGCUGAAGAGCGUGGAGGAAGGCGAGUGCCAGCCCCCGGAAGAGGGUCCCGGUGGGGCAAGUGGAGGACCGCCUCUGAGGGUGACGGUCAGCAGCCAGGGCAGGUCCGCCAGGCUCACGCUGAACUGGGACGCCCCGGGGCCGGGCGGGCCCAGCCGCACCCUACGCCUCAGCCGGCUGAGCCCCCGUGGCUCCCCUGAAGGGCAGCUGCUCCAGGCCCACACCAACGGGUCCAGCUUCGAAUUCCGGGACCUGGUGCCAGGAAGUCGCUACCAGCUGGAGGUGACGGCCGUGCGGCCCUGCGGGCAGAACGCCAGCCUCAGCCUCACUGCGCUCACAGCCCCGUCCGCUGUCCAGGACCUGCAGCUCCACAGCUCUGAGAGCCCAUCCAGCCUGGGGGCCUCGUGGGGCUCUGCUCCUGGAGGGCAGGAUGGCUACCAGCUUGUCCUCUGCCACCUGGAGUCCCAGACAGUGGUUCGCAACGUCUCCACGUCCGCCGGCACCCUGUCCUAUAACUUCAGCCACCUCUUACCAGGCAGUGAGUAUGUCUUGGAGAUUACCACCUGGGCCGCCCACCUCCAGGCGAAGACCAGCACCCGCCAGUGGACAGCUCCUGUGCCCCCAGGGCAGCUGGCGCUGCGCGCCCUGGGCACCAGGGCCCUGCGGGCCUCCUGGUACAGCUCUGGGGGGGCCGCCUGGCUGCACCUCCUGCUCACGGACCUCCUCAGUGGCUCCAACCUGACGGCGGGCGUCACACGAGGUGUCUCCAGUCACACCUUCCCAUGCCUCUCUCCUGGAACGCCCUACACGCUGACAGUUAGCGCUAUCGCUGGGCCCCAUUGGGCAGUGGGGCCCAGCGCCACCGAGUGGACCCGUCCCUCCACGCCCGUGGAGCUGGGGCUCGCUCCCCAGCCCCCAGGGCUCGGGGCCAGCUGGAAGGCAGGCCCGGGGGCCCGAGAGGGCUACCUGCUCAGGCUGAGCGGGCCCGUGGACGAGACCCUAAGUUUGGGCCCUGGGGCCCUCAAUGUCACGUUCCUGGGGCCCCUGCCAUCCGGACACUAUGCUCUGGAGCUGAGAGUUCUGGCGGGGCCCUACGAGGCCCGGGCCCAGGCCGCUGCCUGGCUGGGUGAUGCUGUAGCCCAGCGCCUGCAGGGCAGCGAUCCCAAGCUGCCCCUGGAUGAGCCGGAGGCCAGCAAGGAGCCUGGGAGCCAGACACUGCCCUACACCGAGGGGGGCCCCUGCCUCCUCAGAAACGUCUCGGGGCCACCUGGUGCCACCCUGGUCACACUCCACAGGCCUGGGAUGCUGGUGGAUGCUGGGAAACAGGUGGAUGCUGUUUCCCCUCUGGGCACUGCCACCGCAAGCCCCACAGGCCACACAGGGGCCCCCACGCCACAGUCACUGGAGGUCACUGGCAGGGACAGCCCUUCCACCUUGACCAUCGGCUGGGCCCCGGCCGCGGGGCCGCGGGAAGGCUACAGGGUCAGCUGGCACCAGGAGGGCGGUCAGGGCUUCCCGGGCGGUCUUGUCAACUUGGGCCCAGACAACGCCAGCCUGACACUGCGGGAUCUAGUGCCUGGCUCCUGCUACACUGUGUCUGUGUGGACUCGGGCGGGGAACCUCAGCUCCAGCAUCCAAAGGGCUCGCGCCUGCACACUCCCUGCACCGCCCACCAGCCUGAGCCUGGGCCUGGCUGCCCGGCCCCCUGCCCUGAGGGCAUUCUGGAGCCCCCCCGUGGGGGGCAGGGACGGCUUCCUCCUGCGGCUGUACCGCCUGCGGCCCCCGGCUCUGGAGGGCCAGGAGACCCUGGGCCCCGAGGUGCAGACCUUCUCCUGGGCCCGGCUGGCUCCGGGCACCGAGUUCCUGGUGUGGCUGGCCACCCUACGGGGCCCCGACAAGAGCAGCAGUGCCAACGCCACGGGCUGGACACGCCCCCUCGCCCCUGCCCUGGUGAACGUGACCAGUGAAGGCGCCACCGGGCUCCGGGCGUUCUGGGUCCAUGCGCUGGGGGGCCGGGAUGGCUACCGGGUGACCCUGUACCAGUCGGGCGUCCGGGUGCGCUCCAGCCGCAUCGGGGCCCAGGUGGACGGCGCCAGCUUCUCGGCUCUGAUUCCGGGCACUGAGUACGAGGUGGAGGUGGUCACACAGGCCGGGCCCCUCCGUGCGGUGGCGGCCAGUGCCACCGGCUGGACCCCCCCAGUGGCGCCUCUGGAGCUGCUGGUGUCCAUUCGGGCGGGCAGCGCCGUGGUCAGCCUGGCCUGGGCCAGCGGCCCCCUGGGGCACGGAGCCUGCCACGCGCAGCUCUCGGGGGCUGGGCUCCUGUCCCGGGAGCAGCCCCUGGCCCUGGGCCAAGCCCGCCUGGUCCUGAGGGACCUCACGCCUGGAUGCAACCUGUCCUUGACCGUGCAGUGCCGGGCGGGCCCCCUCCAGGCCUCCACACACCCUGUGCUGCUGCCCGUGGAGCCUGACCCGGUGGAGGACGUGCAGUGCCAGCCUGAGACCACGCGCCUGGCCCUGGUCUGGACAGUGCCUGCGGGGGACGUGGACACCUGUCUGGUUGUGGCUGAGCAGCUGGCGGCGGGAGGGGCCGCCCAGCUCAUCUUCCGGGCCAACACCUCCGGGGGCGCCCUCCUCCUGGCCCGCCUGGCGCCUGCCACGUCCUACCGCCUCAGCCUCUCAGUGUUGGGCAGGAACGGCCUGUGGAGCCGGGCGGUCAGCCUGGUGUGCGCCACUGUGCCCGAGGCCUGGCAUCCCCCGGAGCUGGCCGCAUCCCCCCAGUUGGAGCCCGAGACGGGGAUGGGUGUGCUGAUCGCCCAGGGCAUGUUCGGUGAGGAGGACGGGCAGAUCCAGUGGUAUGGGGUCAUCGCCAGCACCAACAUGUCACUGGCCCGGCCUCCCCGCGAAGCCAUCAGCUGCACGUGGUACGACCACCACUACGGGGGCCGUGACACCUACCUGGCCGUCCUGCUCUCCAGCCCCUUCCACCCCGGGCCCUGGGCCGGGCCCGCAUCCUGGCUGGUGCCCGUGGGCACAGACGACUGCGGCCGGACCCGCGACAUAUGUAAUGGGCGGCUCAGGCCGGGCUCCCGGUAUCGGUUCAGCGUCGUGGCCUUUUCCAGGCACAGCCCUGACACCGUCAUCGCCUUCUCGGCAUUUUCAGAGCCCCGGACCAGCCCGUCCUGGGCGGUGCCCCUCCCGGUGACAGCGGGCAUUGUGGCCAGCAUGCUCGCCCUGGUCUUGCUGGGCCUGCUGUGCUGGAGGCGAGUGAAGGGGCAAAGGGCGGAGAAGAGCCUGCGCUCCCAGGAGCUGACGGCUUACAACCUGUGGCGGACCCACCGGCCCAUCCCUGCGCACAGCUUCCAGCAGAGCUUUGAGGCCAAGAGUGCCCACGCCUACCAGGCCUUCUUUCAGGAGUUUGAGGAGUUGAAGGAGGUGGGCAAGGAGCAGCUGAGGCUGGAGGCUGAGCACCCUGCCAACAGCACCAAGAACCGCUACCCUCACGUGCUGCCCUAUGACCACUCCCGGGUCAGGCUGGCCCUGCUGGACGGGAAGCCCCACUCCGACUACAUCAACGCCAGCUUCAUCCCGGGCUACACCCACCGGCAGGAGUUCAUCGCCACCCAGGGGCCUCUCAAGAAGACCCUGGCGGACUUCUGGAGGCUGGUGUGGGAGCAGCAGGUCCAAGUCAUCGUCAUGCUGACCGUGGGCAUGGAGAACGGGCGGGUGCUGUGCGAGCACUACUGGCCAGCCGACUCCAGCCCCGUCACCCACGGGCCCGUCACUGUCCGCCUGCUGGCCGAGCAGCGCCAGGAUGAGUGGACCACGCGGGAGUUCCAGCUGCACCACGCUGCCCAGCAGUGGCCACGGAGGGUGAAGCAGCUACAGUUCACCACCUGGCCGGACCACAGCGUCCCCGAGGCCCCCAGCUCCCUGCUGGCUUUCGUGGAGCUGGUCCGGGAGCAGGCGAGGGCCGCCACGGGCACAGGGCCCCUCCUGGUGCACUGCAGCGCGGGCGUGGGCCGCUCGGGCACCUUUGUGGCCCUGUGGCGGCUACUGCGGCAGCUGGAGGAGGAGCAGGUGGUGGAUGUGUUCCACGUGGUGCACGCGCUGCGCCUGCACCGGCCACUCAUGAUCCAGACCCCGAGCCAGUACAUCUUCCUGCACAGAUGCCUCCUGAGCAGGGUCCUAGAAGGGCCCCCCAGCACCUGCGCUGCUGAGCCACAGCCCAUCCCUGUGAGAAACUUUGCCCGGGUGUGCGCAGAGCGGGCUGCCGACGGCAAUGCGGGCUUCCUGAGGGAGCACCAGCUCCUGCUCCAGGCCCUGAAGGACGAGGCCGGCUCUGGGAUGCCCCCUCCCCGGAGUGAGCAGGAUGGCACGGCCUCCAAUGGCCGUUGCCAGGAGUGGUCCCCUUCGGUGGAGAGCGGCCCGGCUGGGGAGAUGCUCGAAGCCUGGCUCUUCCCUGUGAGCACAUGCCCUCUGACCGUGUGGGCAGGCCUGGGGGGCUGGGCCCUAGAGCUGAGGACCGUGUGGGCAGGCCUGGGGGGCUGGGGGCCCAGAGCUGAGACGGUGGGGACACCCUAUGCUCUGCAGGGCGGGCCCUCUGGCCGCGACCACGUGGUGCUGACCGGCCCCGCGGGGCCAGCUGAACUCUGGGAGCUGGUGUGGGAGCAUGGGGCCUGCGUGCUUGUUUCCUUGUGCUCACCGGACCCCCAGGAGAAGGAAUUGUGGCCCACGGAGACGCAGCCCGUCAUCACGGAUGCAGUGACUGCGCGCUGGGUGGCGGACGGCAGUGCUGCAGGCUGGCCCUGCGUUUCCCUUCAUGUCACACACAAGGCGAGCGGGAAGGAGAGGCCGGUGCAGCGGCUGCAGUUCCCAUGCGGGCAGCCGGGCCAGGCGCUCCCCCCCGAGACCCUGCUGCCCUUCCUGGCCGCCGUGGGCCAGUGCUGCUCCCGGGACGCCAGGCAGCCCGGCACGCUGCUCAGCCACUGCAGCAAGGGUGCGGCCCAGCUGGGCACCUUCCUGGCCCUGGAGCAGCUGCUGCAGCAGGCAGGGGCCGAGGGCAGCGUGGACAUCUUCACCGCGGCCUUGCAGCAGUCGCAGGCCUGCAGCCUCAUGACCCCAACGCUGGAGCAGUACGCCCACCUCUACAGCUGCCUAAACAGCGCGCUCGCGGACGGGCUGCCAUGA